AUGACCUUCGCGAUCCUGCUGCCCCAGGAUGACAAGAAGAAAGAUCCUGGAAAGUCGGCCAAAAAAGGCAAAGACCCAGUGAACAAAUCUGGUGAGAAGAACAAAUCAGAGAGAAGAAAGAAGAAGUGGUCUAAAAUCAUAGUUCAGGACAAGCUCGAUAACCUGGUCUCCUUGGACAAAGCGACAUUUGGCAAACUCUGUAAGGAAGUUCCCAACUAUAAGCUUGUAACUCCAGCUGUUUUCUCUGAGACACUGAAGAUUCCAGGUUCCCUGGCCAGGGCAGCUCUUCGGGAGCUCCUCAGUAAAGGACUUAUCAAACCAGUUUUAGAGCACAGAGCUCAAGUCAUUUACACCGGAAACACCAAGGGCAGAGACCCAGCUGCUGGUGACGAUGCAUGA